AUAUGCAGAACAAGAAAGAUCCCCUCGGGAUAGAGAUCACUUUGAUUACAGCAGGUCAGACUAUGAGCAUUCAAGAAGAGGGCGUUCUUAUGAUAGUAGCAUGGAGUCACGAAGUAGGGACCGAGAAAAACGCAGAGAAAGAGAAAGAGAUAUGGAUCGUAAAAGGUCUCGGAAAUCCCCAUCUCCUGGGAGAAGAAGCCCAGAACCAUCAGUAACCCAGAGUUCCUCUGCUCAGGAUGAACCUACUGCAAAGAAGAAGAAAGAUGAGCUGGAUCCUCUUCUUACUCGCACCGGUGGAGCAUAUAUUCCUCCUGCAAAGCUCAGAAUGAUGCAAGAGCAGAUCACAGAUAAAAACAGCUUAGCGUACCAGAGGAUGAGCUGGGAGGCCCUAAAGAAGUCAAUCAAUGGUCUUAUCAACAAAGUCAACAUUUCUAAUAUAGGUAUUAUUAUUCAAGAACUUCUUCAAGAAAACAUAGUUAGAGGAAGAGGCCUGCUGUCCAGAUCUGUUUUGCAAGCGCAAAGUGCUUCUCCAAUCUUCACCCAUGUUUAUGCAGCGUUAGUGGCAAUUAUCAACUCAAAAUUUCCACAGAUCGGAGAAUUAAUCCUCAAGAGGCUAAUUCUUAAUUUCCGAAAAGGCUAUCGAAGAAAUGAUAAGCAACUCUGUCUUACUGCUUCAAAAUUUGUGGCACACCUUAUUAACCAAAAUGUGGCACAUGAAGUUUUAUGCCUAGAGAUGCUCACUUUGCUCCUGGAAAGACCAACAGAUGAUAGUGUUGAAGUAGCUAUUGGUUUUCUCAAGGAAUGUGGCCUCAAAUUAACACAAGUGUCACCAAGAGGAAUCAAUGCUAUAUUUGAGCGCCUCCGAAACAUUCUCCAUGAGUCUGAAAUUGACAAAAGGGUUCAGUAUAUGAUUGAAGUGAUGUUUGCUGUACGGAAGGAUGGAUUCAAGGACCACCCUGUUAUCCUAGAAGGACUUGACUUAGUGGAAGAAGAUGAUCAGUUCACCCAUAUGCUCCCUCUGGAGGAUGACUAUAAUCCAGAAGAUGUUCUUAAUGUUUUCAAGAUGGAUCCUAAUUUUAUGGAGAAUGAAGAGAAGUACAAAGCUAUUAAGAAAGAAAUUCUUGAUGAGGGAGAUAGUGACUCAAACACAGACCAAGAUGCUGGAAGUAGUGAAGAGGAAGAGGAAGAAGAGGACGAAGAGGGAGAAGAAGAUGAAGAAGGACAAAAAGUGACUAUUCAUGACAAAACAGAAAUUAAUCUAGUCUCAUUUCGUCGUACAAUUUAUCUUGCUAUUCAGUCAAGUUUAGAUUUUGAAGAAUGUGCUCACAAAUUGCUGAAAAUGGAGUUCCCUGAGAGCCAAACAAAAGAACUCUGCAACAUGAUACUUGACUGUUGUGCCCAACAAAGGACAUAUGAGAAAUUUUUUGGCUUAUUAGCUGGGCGAUUUUGCAUGCUAAAAAAAGAAUACAUGGAAUCCUUUGAAAGUAUAUUCAAAGAACAAUAUGAUACCAUCCAUCGCUUGGAAACAAACAAAUUGAGAAAUGUUGCUAAGAUGUUUGCUCACCUUUUAUAUACUGAUUCACUUCCAUGGAGUGUUCUUGAAUGUAUAAAGCUAAGUGAAGAAACCACUACAUCAUCCAGUAGAAUUUUUGUUAAAAUAUUUUUUCAAGAACUUUGUGAAUAUAUGGGUCUUCCUAAACUUAAUGCAAGAUUAAAGGAUGAAACCCUACAGCCAUUUUUUGAAGGGUUAUUACCCCGAGAUAAUCCAAGAAACACUCGGUUUGCCAUCAACUUCUUUACUUCUAUAGGUCUUGGAGGUUUAACGGAUGAAUUGCGUGAGCAUCUCAAAAAUACACCAAAGGUCAUUGUGGCACAGAAACCAGAUGUUGAGCCAAAUAAAUCCUCCCCCUCCUCUUCCUCUUCCGCAUCCUCCUCUUCAGAGUCUGACUCCUCCGCCUCUGAUUCGGACAGCAGUGACAGCAGUUCAGAGUCUUCCAGUGAAGAGAGCGAUUCUUCAUCCAGCAGUAGUCAGAGCUCUGCCUCAGCUACUGAUAGAAGAAAGAAGGGACAAGGGAACACCAGAAGUAAAGAAGUAGAUAAAUUGAUCAGGAAACAACAAACCCAUGAUAGGAAACAAGAAGAAAGAAGGCCAGAGCAAAGACAUCAAGAAACAUGGACUGAAAGAGAAAGAAGGUCAGAAAAACAUAAAGAUAAAAAUUCAAGGGAUCCACAUUGGAGAAAUCCCAUAACAAAAUACACUUCAGACAGAGGUGUUCCUUCUGAACGAAAUAGUUACAGUAGAAUCAUGAAUGACAGAGACCAAGAAGCACACACAGAUUUGGAAAAUAAGCAUGGUGAUCCCAAAAAGAAGAGAGGAGAGAGAAGAAAUUCUUUUUCUGAAAAUGAGCACAGACACCGAAAUAAGGACAGUGAAAAUGUUAUAAGAAAAGAAAGAUCAAAGUCAAGAGAGAAGAAUAGAAAACAUUCAGGUUCUAGAAGUGAUGAAGAUAGGUAUCAGAAUGGUGCCGAAAGGCGAUGGGAAAAAUCUAGCAGAUACUCUAAACAAUCCAGAGAAUCAAAGAAACAUCAGGACCAGCGAAGAGAAAAGUCUCCAACAAAGCAAAAAAAAUGAUUCUACAAAAUUACAGAAACUGAACAUGCCUUAUAUUCAGUUGAAACAAAUUAUUUUUUACAUUAACGAACUUUAUAGAGAAUUCUUGUAUAAAGUAAUGGUUUGUAUUUGUACAUUUAAAAUUUUUUUCUUUUUAACAUGUUUUAUAAUUGAUACAUCUCAAGGCCCUCCACAUAAAAUUAUUUGAAAAGUUUCACGGGAGAGGGAUGUAAUUCUUGCUUAUAUUUUGUUAAUAAAAUGAUCAAAUGCUCAUUGAA